AACUAAAAGUAAAGAAAACAACAUGGCGGCCUCCAUGGAGCACGCCGAUAUACCGUCAACUUCCCAAACGGAUGCAAACGGGGACCUCGCAAGUUCCGAUUCGGUUUCGGAAGACGAAGCGGCCGAGCCCAGGAUUCUGGACGCUCCCCAGGACAUCCAUUUGGAGGCGGUCGCCAACACGGUGGCCGUCCACCCUAGCCGAGACAUGCUGGUUUGCGGGGACGUCGACGGGGACGUGUACGCUUUCUCCUAUUCUUGUACGGAGGGCGAGAACCGCGAGCUGUGGUCCUCCGGACACCACCUCAAGUCCUGCCGACAGGUGCGCUUCUCCCAGGACGGCGAGAAGCUCUUCAGCGUCUCCAGGGACAAGGCUGUUCACGUGCUGGACGUGGAGCGAGGUCGGCUGGUCACCAGGAUCCGCGGCGCCCAUGGAGUUCCCAUCAAUAGUCUGCUUCUGGUGGACUCCAACAUCGUGGCCACUGGAGAUGACGGCGGCACGCUUAAGCUCUGGGACAUGAGGAAAGGUACAGCUUUCAUGGAUCUGAAGCACCACGAUGACUACAUCAGCGACAUAGCCGUGGACGAAGCUAAGAAGAUCCUGCUUACUACCAGUGGCGACGGCACCAUGGGCGUCUUCAACAUCAAGAGGCGGCGCUUCGAGUUGCUGUCUGAGUACCAAAGCGGCGAUCUGACAUCGGUGACCCUGAUGAAGCGAGGCAAGAAGGUAGUCUGCGGUUCUUGCGAAGGCACCAUCUACAUUUUUAACUGGAACGGAUUUGGCGCUACCAGCGAUCGCUUUGCCCUGCGAGCCGAGUCAGUGGACUGCAUGGUCCCGAUUAACGACAAUAUACUAUGCGCCGCCUCCAUGGACGGCUACAUUCGCGCCAUCAACAUCCUCCCCAACCGCGUCAUAGGCUGCAUCGGGCAGCACGUCGGCGAACCUGUCGAGGAGUUAGCCAAAAGCUGGGACUCGCGCUUCCUGGUUAGCUGCGCCCACGACCAACGCAUCAAGUUCUGGGACAUUUCCUCAUUAGCGUCGACCACCGUCGACGAGUACCGCAAGAGGAAGAAGAAGGACGGAGGCAUGAAAUCUCUUUCCAAGAAAGCUUUGGGAGACAGCGACUUCUUUUCGGGGCUUGUCGAGGAGCCGCAGAAGACUGAGGACGGUGAAAAGGAUGAAGAACAUGAAGAAGGAGAAGACAGUGAUAGCGACAGUGGCAGUGAUUGAAAUCAUGUACUGAUACUUGCAAAGCUAAUCAAGAUAUUCCUCAUCCAUGCUUAUAUUUCAGUGAAUUGUUUGAUAUUUUUGGCUCAAUGAAUACCGAAAUUUUCGGACUAUCAGUCGCUUCAUUUUGAAUCCUGCGGUUUAUAUUCCAGUGUGGCUUAUUUUUUUAUUUAUUUGAGUUAAUAGAUAACACUUCAUUUGACAGCGGCAUCAUGAGACUGUCAUAAGACCGUCAUAAUUAUGACAUAACAUAAUCAUGGGCAUUACUGAAUGCUUAUGACAGAUGUCAUUAAUAAGAGUCAUCCGGCAAAUUAUGUCAGUAAUUUAUGUCCAGCUCAGAUCUUUUACAUCCAUUCAAAAGGGAGAUAAUUUGCUGUUUGCUGUUAUAAGCAUUCAUUAAUUCUAGCAAUUAAUGAAACAACUAGAACAGUGACUGAAUAAAUAAUUCGGACAUAACCUCAAUUUUGAUUGUUAAUUACAUCUGUAGUGCUGCAAUGCAUGCUAGGAGGCACGUUGGACAUCAACAGUGUUGACAGCAGAUAGCAGAAGAGGUUGACUGUCUCCCCCAAGGGAGCAGUGAUGGGUGAAUGAAGCUUCUUGAAGCAAUGAAGCUGUGCACCAAUUAGUUCAAAGCUUCAUGGUGAUUCAUUUGGUCUUAUGACAGUCUGAUGGCACUAUUUUCAAAUAACAUAACUAGCAAUUAAUGAAACAAGUGGAAAAGUAACUGAAGAAAUAUGCACAGAGCAUGAAUUUUGAUUGUUAUUUACAUCUGUUGCAUGCUAGGAGGCAUGUUGGGGCGACAAAAGUGGUGGCAGCAGAGGUUGACUGUCUCCCCCAAAGGAGCAUUGAUGGCCAAAUGAAGUUUCUUGCAGCAGUGAAGCUUUGCAGACAAUUCAAAGCUUCAUUGUGAUUCAUUUGGUCUUAUGACAGUCUUAUGGUGCUACUGUAAUGAAACUGGUACAGUAACUGAAUAAAUAAUUAGGACAUGCAAUUUGUUAUUUACAUCUGCAGCGCUACAAUGCAUGCUAGGAGGCAUGCUGGACACCAGUGUUGACAGCAGGUGGCAGAAGAGGUUGACUAUCUCCCCCAAGGGAACAGUGAUGGCCAAAUGAAGCUUCUUGAAACAAUGGUGGUUCAUUUGGUCUUAUGACAGUCGUAUGAUGUCGCUGUCAAAUAAAGUGUUACCGGUUAAUAUCUUUUGGUGUAAAUACAGUGAGGACAGUUGCGGCUUAUUGUCCAGUGCGGCUGAUCUAUGAACAAAUGCCAUUUUGUGUCAAAUUUGGUGAGUAGUGGCUUGUAGUUAGGUGCGCCUUAUAGUCCAAAAAUUACGGUAAUUUAUUUUGCUAUGAAUUUCGUUCAGUUGUUUGCAUUUUGUUGCUCACUUCACAACAUAGGCAAAAACUGACAAACUGUUUUGUUUAAAAAAAUGUUUUGUCUUUACAAUACAACGUUAUAAUGUUAGCUAAAACUGCCAUUGCUCAAAAUAGUUUGUACUGUACAAGCACUUUAUAAUAAAUGUGGAGUUUUCAUCAAAAUGGACAUUUUGGAGGCCUAUAACUGGCUGUAUAAAAAACUUUUAUACUUUUUUAUUUCAAUACAUGUAAGAGUUUUGAAGUUUUAAGCUUAAAAUGUGACAUUUUGCUCGUGUUCAUUAAACACUUCUCAAGCUA